AUGCAAAACGAUAUCAGUGGUUUUAGAGAGCUCCUUUGGUCUCUUUUCAAUUCUUACUCAUAUGUUCCCAGUAAUAGUGGUAAUCGAAAGGGAUCUUUCCCAACACGUCGUCUAAGUGAAAGUGGUUACCGUGCGAUUAUGUCAUCACUUUCAACAAAUGACGUUUUACAUCGAUUUUUCCCUAAAGAAGAUGAGAUGACACUUCUCGAAGCUCAAAAACGAAUGGAAUCAGAUAAGUUUAAAGAAGAAAUGUGGGAAGAGGCUCUGCACUCGUCUGCAUUGCUCUUUGAGUGUACAGAUACUUCUAUUGAUUUUGCUGGAUUGAGAGAAGAAGUAAAAGAAGAGAAGGUGAAGAAAGAAAAAGAAGAGAAAGAGAAAGGGGGAGAAGAAGAAGAAGUGAAUGCAAUACUUGAUAUAGGUUAUGAUUAUGAUGUCAUGCGGCCAUCCACUGAGCACAACACUGUUAAUUGGACAGUUUUUAAUUCGGUUUUGCUUUUACGCUUCUCUAGUGCCUUUCACAUUCGUCUUGGGGAACAAUUGCUUGAGGAAUGUAAAGAAUCUCUACAAUCUCCGGUGUGGUUGGUUCCAUUUUCGGCACAUGAUGAACCUUCGAAAUCUUCUGAUAAGAGUAGUAGUUGCAGUAAUGAACAGAAGAGACCGACAACUACAUCCAUAGUAUUAUCCCCAGUAGAUGUUGGGAAGGAACAGGUACAUCGUCACAGUAAUACAUCAAAAUCUUCUAUUCAAGGACCAAGUAAAAGUUGUUCUAUUUCUGCAAUAGCAGGAGCAGCAGCUAAUUUUGGGACUAGUAGUAGAGGAAGUGUGAAUGAUGUUGAAUGUACAGCUGUUUGGAAUGAUAAUGAAGUUAAUACUGAUGUUAAACGUCAUUUGUUUCCAUUAUCAAAGAUUUCUCCUGCACGUAAUCGUCAAAAUGAUGAAGUGAAAGUGAUUUCAAAGGAUUUUGGAGUUUCCACACACUUGGCAGGUCCUGGAAGGUGUAUGAACAAUAUAAAAAAAGAGAAUACCAACGGUGUAUGUAAUAAUAAUAAUAAUAAUAAUAAUAAUAAUAAUAAUAAUAAUAAUAAUAAUAAUAAAAGAACUUCUUCUAAUUUUUCUUUGGUAUCAACAAGAGAAACUGCUAGAUCAGGCAAUAUAAGAGUGGUGAAGUCUCAAGAGACUUAUGGUAGUGGUGAAGGGAAACAGACAAGUGGUGGUAAUGCUUCCAGUAAGAUGGAAGAUAUUUUUCACCCACGUUCGUCACCACCACCACGACCUAAUAAAUGUAUGAUAUCUCAUCAUGUUAAUCCAUUUCCAGAUCUUGGAACCAGAGUGAUAACAAGAAAAGCUGUACCUGUGGAUAUGACAAAGUUACGUGAAAAACUUGCAAAACAAGAUGAGGAUUGUUUGGAUUGGAGUGUUGGGGAAUCUUUACAUUCCACACCUUGUGGUUCUCCAGCCACACCAUCAUCUUCAGUGCUUGUAAACAUUUUUGACGAUGUUCCUUCUCCAAUAAUAGAAACAACAACAGCAGCAGCAGCAGCAGCAACAGAGAAAGAUACGGAGGCCUAUCGUGCACGAUAUGAUAAAGAAGUGAAUCAACGCUACAAUGAAUAUUAUCAUCCUACUUUACAUACAUGGAAACCUAUCACAGCUCCUUCACAACCACAAUCACAAUCACAAUCAUCAUCAUCAUCAUCACCAUCAACAAAUGUAAAGAAGAGUGAUUGUGUGGGAAAAUGGAUUGUAAUCCCUGUUGUAGAGCACCAUUCACUACCAAAGGAGGAACCAUCCAAUGAUAAAGUAAAGACUACUGAGACUACUAGAAAAGAUAUCAUUUCAACAUAUGUAGAAAAAAGCAGCACGAAGAGUAUGGAGCCUAUGGAGGAAAUAAAAAGAUCCGAACCACCAACCCACUCGGAAGUGCCCAAACUAGAAUUAUCUACAAAGUUCUUUCAACAAUCACGACAGCAAAGAGGACGGCCUUUGCCACCGCAGACACCUUCAAGGCGGGCACUCUCUCGUCUGAAGUGUGGAUCACGUCCUCGUGUUCAACCUGUGGUGCCAAAGACGAGAGGUCCGCCCACUCCUCGUGUAUGUUCAAAGGCAGCAGAGGUGACUGGAUGA